AUGUCCACGCUUCUUACAAUAGCGAAUCAAUUAAUUAUUUAUAUUGGAAGUGGUUUCUUUAUAUUUGGAAACCUUGGUAAUGUGCUUAACAUCAUAGUUAUGCUGCGAAAAACAUUUAAUGCAAGUCCAUGUUCACGUUAUUUACUUGCAUCAUCUGUUAGUAAUUUAUUUUUUGUGAAUCCCGUUUUAAUAUUAUACAUAAUUGGUAUCAUAAAUGGAGGCGCUCCACUCUUACAAAAUAAUUUUGUAUGGUGUAAAUUUACUGCUUUAUACCUGCAUACAUCAUCCUUAACACCACUGGUAUGUUUGGCGUUGGGUACUUUUGAUCGGUAUUGUUCAACAUCACCAAGUGCUUCGAUUCGACUAUUUAGUUCGAUUAAAAUAGCGAAUCGAACGAUUGUCAUAACUGUUAUCUUUCUCACAUUAGUUGGCUUACCGACUAUCUUUGUUAACAAUAUUGUAUAUAAUCAAUGUGCAAUCACAUCUAUAACCUAUAUGAGAUAUUAUGCCUAUUUUGUAGUACCAAUAUUUUAUGUUUUAUUGCCUUUAUCAUCAAUGAUUUAUUUUGGAAUUAGAACAUUUAUAAAUAUUAAAAAUAUUCGACAACGUCAAAUUGUUGUUCGAACAAGAGGAAAACGUACUGAAGAACAAUUGGCAAUUAUGAUGAGUAUUCAAAUUAUUAUUAUUUUUGUUUCGGCCGCCAUUUAUUAUGCAAAUAUUUUAUAUACGGUUCAAACAUAUGCUAUUGUGAAUAAAACUAUUGAACGAUUAAUAAUUGAAUCAUUUGUAUCACUA